AUCACAAUUUCAGUUGUGGUGGUUUGACUUUCUGUAUUUCGUUUCGUUACAUUGGGUGUAACGUGUAAAUCUGAAAGAAACCAAGAUGUCUGCGCCCAUAAAGCUAAAAUUUUGUUUUGAUUAUUAGUUAGUUUGUUCAUUUCAUGUUCAUAGAAUUGUGAUCAUUUUCAUUUCAGAUCCUCUAAUGAAUUACAUUUAGUAGCAGUAGGAAAUAAUGGCUUUCGCUGUCGUUGUACCAUCAAUGUUUGCACAAACCAUUAGAAAAAUAUUAGAAGACAUGAAAGUUUGGGAUGAGAGUAGAAAAUUGCAAAAGAUCGAUGGAGGAAAAGUUGCCAUUCCUGUUUUAUCCAAAGAUUUUGAUAUUGAAAAUUUGUCUCCAGUGGUUGAAAAAGCACAGUUGCAAAUAGUUGACAUGAUCUUAGCAAAAUCGAAAAAAGCAGCCAUAAUAACUCCUCAAGAUUGUCUGUAUAAUGCAAUAAAAGAACUGCUUGUUGAAUCUGACAUGUUUUGGACAGAAAAAGUACUGAAUGAUUUACCAAAUUACUGGGAAAAACAUGGAGAUUUGAUUUUACUACCUGCUUCAUCGUUUCAACUUUCAUUAUGGCAGGGAUUUGGAGAAAAGUUGUGGAAAAUAGUUGCUGAAAGUCUUGGAUGUAACAGAGUAGCCCAAAAGUCAGUUAUCUGUAAUAAUGGUUUCCGAACACCACAGGUAUCACUGCUCUUGGGACAAGAUGGAUGGGUCAACCAGACAGAUAACAAACUAAGGUUUACAUAUGAUGUAACUAAAUGUAUGUUUAGUAUUGGAAAUAUCAGUGAGAAAUUAAGAAUUUCUGAAUUCGACUGUGUUGGUGAAACAGUUGUGGAUUUGUAUGCAGGAAUUGGUUAUUUUACUAUACCAUAUUUAGUACAUGCUAAAGCUGAACAUGUUCACGCUUGUGAAUGGAAUCCUGAUGCUGUAGAAGCUCUGAAAAAGAACUUGGUAUUAAAUAAUGUACAAGAUAAAUGUACAAUUUAUUAUGGCGACAAUAGAAAGGUUGACUUAGUGGAUAUUGCAGAUAGAGUUAACCUUGGAUUAAUACCAAGUUCUGAACAUGGGUGGCUAGUGGCUUGUGUUGCUCUUAAACAGAAAACUGGUGGAAUUUUACAUAUUCAUAGUAAUGUUACUUCUAACAAAUCUGAGAGGAAUAAAAUGAAUGGAUCUAAAAACUCAAGUGAUGAAAUCAGUAAAGAAAAAUGUGAUAAAGAUACUGCUACUGAGGUGCCUCAUAAAUCCUGUUCAUAUUCUAAUUCACAGACUAGAAUAAACAGCUGUGAUGUGUCAGUUAACUAUGGAACUAAUUCUUGUAAUGAAACUAAUCAGAUGACAAAAACUAUCAAUUAUUGUAGCUGGAGUGAAUGGGCAGAGUGUGUUUCUAUCAAGAUAAGACAACUCCUCAUUAACUAUCAUCAAUGUGACUGGACUUGUAGUAUUAAACAUAUUGAAAACGUUAAAUCAUAUGCACCACAUGUGAAUCAUCUAGUAUUAGAUUUAGAAUGUCGCCCUGAUACACAGAUAUAAAUAUUUUUAUCAUAAUCUU